CCCCCCGUGGCGCGGAUGGGCCGCCGGAGGAGCCACCGAGUUUGCGCGGCCACCCCGAGCAUGCUCAGUAGCGCGCGCGGCGCCUCGGGGCUGCUCCACCGAGCCGCGGCCGGCGCGGAGCCCUUCGCGGCCGCUGCGGGAGCCACAGGAAGUGAAGCGGCUCCGCCGGGCAACCGCGGCGGCAGAACCCGAGGCGGAAGGGGCGCUGCGGCGGCGACGUCGUCGUUGACGAGAGUAGCGGAGGGAGCCGAGCGCCCGGCGGACUCGCGCGUUCGGAAGCCGGAUCCCGAGCCGGGCAGCAUGGAUCAUCACCAGCCCGGGACUGGCCGCUACCAGGUGCUUCACAAUGAAGAGGACAAUUCAGAAUCAUCUGCUGUAGAGCAGCCAUCUACUUCAAACUCAUCACCACAGGUUGUGCAGCCUGCUCCUUCAGCAUCAGCACUUGAAACUGACUCUUCUCCUCCACCGUAUAGUAGUAUUACUGUGGAAGUACCUACAAGUUCAGACACAGAAGUUUAUAGUGAGUUUUAUCCCGUGCCACCUCCCUACAGUGUUGCUACCUCUCUUCCUACAUAUGAUGAAGCUGAGAAAGCUAAAGCUGCUGCAAUGGCAGCUGCGGCAGCAGAAACAUCUCAAAGAAUUCAGGAGGAAGAGUGCCCACCAAGAGAUGACUUCAGUGAUGCAGACCAGCUCAGAGUGGGUAAUGAUGGCAUUUUCAUGUUGGCAUUUUUCAUGGCGUUUAUUUUCAACUGGCUUGGCUUUUGUUUAUCCUUCUGUAUCACCAAUACCAUAGCUGGAAGGUAUGGUGCUAUCUGUGGAUUUGGCCUUUCACUGAUCAAAUGGAUCCUUAUUGUCAGGUUUUCUGAUUAUUUUACUGGAUAUUUCAAUGGACAGUAUUGGCUUUGGUGGAUAUUUCUUGUACUUGGCCUGCUCCUUUUCUUUAGAGGAUUUGUUAAUUAUCUAAAAGUCAGAAACAUGUCUGAAAGUAUGGCAGCUGCUCAUAGAACAAGAUAUUUCUUCUUGUUAUAGAGACUGCAGCAACCUGACAUUCCUUUCUUACGCCAAUGUGAAAUUUCCAGAUCAUCUGUAAACCUACAACUUUAAUAGGAUAGAAGACUACUAAUAACAGAAGACAAAUUAGUGAAGAAAAGAUAGAGCAUCAAAAUUGAAUAGCAGGGUGGUUUAUACUUAAAAGCCAUUUCUGUUCAUUCUUUACCUAUCUAUAUUUCGUUUGUUUUGCACAUAUGCAUAUGUGCCCAUUUAAAAGAUUUGCAUAUACUUGAAAGAGACCUUAAAGUUGUAGCAGUCCAGUCACAUUUGGUUAAUCAGUGUUUGAUAUAAUUGAAAGAAUUGAGUGGUAAAGUCUUCCAGCAUGUAAAUUCCAUUGACUUCUGACCUGACAUUUAGUAUAAUAAAAAUGAAAUUAUUAACCAUGUCAAAUGCUUUACUUUCUGGGUCUUAGAUUCAUUUGGUAAUUCUAUAGAUGAAACAUUGUUUGUUAUAUAUAAAGUUUAUUGAAACCGGCAGUGCUGAUUAUUGGAAAGGAUUUGUCAGAUUUUUGAACGUGAUAUUACAUUAUUAUUUAGGAAAACUCUUCCUGUAAAUAACCAUGCAUAAAGUACUUUCUGCAUUGUUUUCUUAGAAAUUGUGUCUAGAUAUCUUUUCAUUAAUUUUAAAUUAAGUGAACUAAAUAUAUAUAUAGAAAAUUUGAGUGUUAAAGAUAGAAUUUGUUUUUAAGACAAAUGUUAAGAAAAUGUGGGUAUACCAAAUGUCCUUUAUAAGAAAAAAAAAUUUUUUUAAGGGACCUACUAAUUUUAGAGAUUUUCAAGUAAGAAGCUUGGUUUUUAGGAUUGCCCAUCUUAGAGAUUCUUGCAGGAAGAGGUUGUAUUAGAUAUUAUAUUUAUUUCAUUUAAGAGAAUUUUGAAAAUUAAUUUUCCAAAUAUUCUCAUUUGCAUUUGUCUUUUAAAAAGCCAAUAAAAGUAUCUUUCAAUAUCAUUGUAAUAAUUUGUUCUUUAGGUGUUUAAUUUGUUAAGCUUAGCAAAUAAAAUUUUGUGCUAUUAAUAGCUUCUGGUUUUUAUGAUUAUAGAUUAACCUAUAAAAAACAUAUUACCCAUUUUCAAGUUAUGGAAAUGUGUCUGGGGUAUCUAGGGGUGUGGGUGUGUGUGUGUGAUUAGCGUGUGUCGCCAUUAUUACAACUGGAAUCUAAUCUACAUCAUAAGCUACUAUAUUUCACAUCUUGCAAAUCAUUUUAUGUCUCAUCUGUUUUUCUUUUCAGUUAUAUCUUUGCUUUUGAGUACCAACAUUUAAAAAUUAUGGUAUAUCAUCUUUUAAACCUAAAAAGUAUUCAAUACAGCUAUAUAGAAUAUAUAAAAUUGAUUAUUUAUUAUUAGACACUAUUACUAAAAGGUACAUUUAAUUAUUCAGGGAGAUUUUUCCAUU